AUGAGUCCUUCGGUCUGUCGAGCCUAUACUUUGACCCUGCCAACAAAGCUUUGUAUUCGAAAUCGUCGUGAAACGAAUACGAUUGCUACUGGAGCAGUUAUUGGAAUCCUCUCCUCUACUGGGUCUACUUACGCGCCCCCGCUUGCAGUCCCUCAUAUGAAAGCCCCGACAAUUGAACACUCAACAACGACAAACCAUGUCCAUCAGAUCCACAAGGAACUCCGGCAACAUGGCUUACUGAAGGUCAGCCUGGGCUUUCCGGACCCAGGGAGCCAGUAUCUUAAGCAACUAGUUCUCAGUCUCCAUCGGCACUGCCGCCAUCAACUUCCCAUCUCACAUAGUGCUUCGUGUGGAUGGCUGUGGGACGUUCGCCCAGAAAGUGUUUCUUUCCAGACAGCCAAUCACCGCGCAAGAUCCGAAACAAUGGAUGAAUUCCCCUGGCAUACCGACUGCAGCUAUGAAGAAUUGCCUCCACGAUACUUUGCCCUUCAAGUUAUGCAGCACGAUAGAUUUGGUGGAGGUACACUGUCAGCCAUGAACAUCCAGGGGCUGAAUCAGUCUCUAUCCCCAUCUACCCAGGCAUCGUUGAUGCGACUGGAGUACAGUAUCGACACUCCCAGGGAGUUUUGCAAGGAUCCAACGAAGCAACAUAUUAUAGGAAAUUUGAUGGCCAUUGAUCCAGAAACCCAAUCCUGUAUGAUGCGGUUUAGAAGAGACAUCGUGAAACCGUUGACGGAAAGGGCUUCAAAGGCACUCAAAGAACUGGAUGCAUGCUUACAGACUACGGGAAGGACGGCGGAGUCAGAGUCACCGUCAACAGUACACCUCAACUCUGCUGAUCUUCCCACGGGGACCAUUAUUAUAAUGGAUAAUCGGCGUUGGUUACAUGCUCGUAAUGAUGUCAAGGAUCCAAAGCGUCACCUACGUCGCCUGCGUUGGGAUGCCAUUCCGUUUCCUCGAGGAGUGGAGUAG